AUGCAGUCGUCCACCGCGGCGGAUGCCAAGCCGUCGCGCGCACCACCGGUGUACCCCGUCUUCUUCAUCCCAAAUGGCGUGGGCACGCCGACCUCUGACCUUAGCGGUACCGGCAUUGGCCACCCAGACGAGCCUGUUGAGCUGAGCGCUCGGCUCGCGCUCAAACGUGGGCAGGUCUACCUAAACCUUACGUGCCGGACCCGUGAGGCGACUUCAUCGAAGCAUUCUGCGUCUCCCCCGGCGGCUCAGGAUCGUUGCACCAGCGCAACGAACACACCGCUUGCACCUUCGCGAUGCACCUCCACGCGAAGCCCGUUGUGGCUAUUCGACCGCACGCCUAGUAGAGUCUCGUCACACCAGAAAGAGAGCCUCGCUCCCUCAUUCAAGAGUCAGCACAGACAUGCAGGCGCGGCAUCGACGCCGUCGACGGGUGCCCCCCACCUCCAGCCAGAGCAGCACUACACUAUUGCGCUGACGGACAUCUCGCCCUUUGCAGCACAGAGGCGGCUCUCAGCGGAGCUGCGCGCACGGCUGCAUCUCACUCUUGUGGACCGAGGCGCGACCACCUACCCGUCCCACGUCACCUCGCGUGCAAGGAGCCUGAGCCCAGCCACCUGCGAUUUCCCUGAGACAUCGGCUGCGCCGGCGCCACAUUACUAUCCUCUGCCGAGCCGAAGCCCUCCUGCCAUGUUCACCCGCUCACAAGACAACAGCAUAUCUGCUCAUCAGGUGCCCAGCACAGGUACUUUAAGUACAAGAUCGGCCUACGGUCAGUACCUGGAGGUGACGGAGCCAUGGCGCUCAAACGAGCGGUCCCUGCUAUCACUGCAGCCCAUUGGGCCGAGCGAAGCUAUGAGCUGUUCGGGAUCGAGCUCCUGCUUUGGCGAAGAUGGCGCGAUAAGGGUGCAUAACUCUAUGUGCGAUCGCACAUCGCAGGUCUGGCGCGCAACCGGAAGUCGGCUGCUCACACCGCUCGUCGAAAAAUCAUCUGCAAUUCCGACGCUCCCUGCUGUACCCCUCGACAGCCUCAGCUUAGGCGCCUUGACCCCUCUGCAGACGUACCCUAUGAACUCAGAGUUUUCCUCCAUGAACGUUCUUUCUGAGUACGAGGAGCUGCUUAGUGUCGCUUUUUUUGGUGUCACGGAGACGGCCAGCAUCCAAGACUGUGCCUUCUCCUCCGAAGAUGUGCUGAUGGACAAGAAGAGUAAGGUAUUCGGUCAUGGUAAGCAGUCUAAAACUCAGCUCAGCCUUUUUUCGCCACUGAAGAAGUAUCUACAGCGGACGCAGAGCGCGAGAAUCGUCUCUACCCCCUCCGACACGCUCACCGAUGCUCUCCGGGGCCCAGUUACUCCACUGCAGCUGCCACGCAGAAACAUUUCACGCCUCUGGAAAAGCAACCGCGUUGCUCGGUCACCUGCUCUCGCCUCCAGCACUCAUGCGGACUCGAAAAAGGUGCUGGCUCUGCCUUUCAUUCCAAACCGAGGUCAGACGUUUUGUCUCCGCUUCCUCAACGAGUCUGACAUGCGUGAUUUCUUGAGUUGCUACGUAGGCAUGCAGGCGUACAUUGAGAAAAUGCAAGGGAAGAAGAAGGCGGACGGACGUGACGAUGGGGAUAGACAAUCGCGCACAUCUCAGCUGGCUGGAAAUGACGAAGAGGAUUUGAGCAGUGGCGAGCACGAUGCGGAGCAGAACAAGCGUCUCACGAGCUCUCUCGGAUCCCCGCCCACCGCAACCUACGAGCACCCGCACCCCUGCAAUGCAAAGGCCUUGGGCACAAGGAGUGGCUCUCUCUCCACCGAGAAUAUCUCGGAUUAUCUCCUGAGCAAGAGCCGAUCAGCAGUCUCGGAGGGUAUUGAUGGUGGACACCACCACCACAGUAAGCGCAGCACUUCGGGUGAUGCUCGAUUGACUCCAGUGCGAACUAUCUUCGGUUGCCGUGGUUGGCAGGAUUACGUGCGGUACAGAGUGGACCCUCGCUACGGUGUCACCUAUGCUACUGUGCCGCUGUUUCUGUGGCACUCAUUUCUUCCUCUCGCCUCCUCGGUGCUUUACACGUGCCAGCGAGGCUUCCUCAUCGUGGAGCGUCUGCGGGCACCGAGCUCGCCUGACCAAAGCAAGGAUGGCAGCAGCAGCAGCAGCAGCAGCAGCAGCAUCACCGUUGCGGAAUUCGACACUCCAGCGGUGGCCUCAAAGCAGCUACUGAAUAGCCGAUUGCGUCGGUUGCUCACUCCAAUCCGCGCCGCACAGGAGAUAGCUCCAGCAAUGACACAGUCGCGACGGCGUCAGGCCUUGCUGAGUCUUAAAGACAUCGCCGAGCUGCUUCCGACAUCUUUGGUUCCGGUGGCCGCCUUGGAGACGUCCGCGUCCACACCUUCGACCAGAUCGAGCUGGGAUGGCGUGAAGGGCUCACACCCCUCUGCCGACAACGCAGCGUGUCAGCCGACAGAUGAACACGUUACCACCUUCAAGGACGUCUUUCUGUGCUUAUCCGAGUCCCACCUACUCUUCCUGAACUCGUUUGGGCACCUAUGGCUCCACUUCAGCUUCGACGAGGUCGCCCUGAUCACCCAUUCCGCCGCAACCGACUCGUUCCCCACGCACCCCUUUGUUCGCUUCCGCCUCAAGGCCAACGACUGGUUCGAAGCACCUAUAUCUGUGCUGACGUUUACACUGCUUCCAGAAGUACCCCAAGAUGUGCGAGUUGUACGGGCUCCCUCCCCACCGCGCCAAUCAGAAACCGAGCCAGUGGUGCAGCGGGGUUCUGUCCGACCGAAGUCGUCUCUGUCGGUAAGCGCGUGCGGGUCAACGCCCUGGUUCAAUGACUACCCUCCAGGCACACCUGCCGCCGUGGCAGAGAUCUGUGAAGUCCUCCUGGAAGAUAAAAAGAAAGAGCAGCUUCUGCACUCUCAGAAAGCUCUGCUCGACAUCUUCGAAACGGUCUGCCCACGGCCGCUAGAGCGGUGCACCUUCACGGAAUUGAUGAGCAGCGAAAACAGCACAGCACUCCGCAAACGGUUCUGGCAGCUGAUCUCACGCGCUUCGGGCAGAGUUUCCGGCUCUCCUCUGGUGGAAAAGUCCUCCAUGGCGUACGCUGACGCUUCCCUGCGGAUGGCACAGCAGUGCAGCAUAGCCCCAAUUCUCUGUGUGAGGGUGGAUGCAGGAAACAUCAGCAUUUCGGAUUCUGAACUGAAGCAGUCGAGUGGUGUCCUCCUCACACCCACGCGGCUUCCACUUGCGUCACCGAGCUCUUCUAGUACACAUCAGGAACGGGAUUCACAGCAAUGCUCAUUGUCAGCAUACACGGCGCUGUACAGAUCCCAAGCGAACCCCUUUGUGAGGGUGAUCCUUCGCUGGGGCCCCGACGAUCCUGGCAUCGUGCUGCAGGAUGCGGGUCACGACAUGGACUUGUCACUCGAGCAGGCGACCCGCACCAUGCCCCUGCUGGCGUGCAAGGAGGGAGUGUCCCAGGGCUACAGAGGGUUUUUGCAAGAUAGCCCGCCGCAGAGUCUCUACCCAGUUUGCUCCAGUUCAGCCUUAGGUGAAGCAAAGGAAAAUAGGGGAGAUGGGUGUGCCGUGGACAGCAAGAGCGGUGACGCAGACGGCAUGUAUGCUCCAAUCGCACCCAAGAAGCGGCGUACCAGCAUUGUUCACCGCGCUGCUGUGAAGAAGCAGUAG